UUGCCGUACGCAUACGCCGCAAUCCGCCGCAUACUUCACGCAUUUGCAGCAUUUGCGCAAGCUUGUGAAUCUGACUAAAGUGUUUGCCUGUUACUUUGGCUGGGAAACGAAGGCAUGGUAUUAGAAAUUGCAUUGCAAUUAAUUCAGUGAAAUUAAUUGAGUGAGAGCUUUAUACGUAACUGAAUAUUGAAGCCAGUAAUAGUUGAAUAACUUGGUCGCUAUGGAUCAAGAAUCUAGGCGUAAGGGGCCUAGAAGUCCUAGUCCAGAGUCUGAUGACUCUCACAGGAGAAGGUCACGAAAAUAUGAUCGGUCUCCGUCUCCGAGGAGAUCUAGAUAUCGCAGGUCUAGAUCGAGGGACAGAAGAUCGCGUUCCAGUUCCAGGGACAGAAGGCAUAAGGAAACUAGCCGCAAUCAAGACUGGAAACAACCGGCUCCGCAAACGGCACAACAAGGACCCCCUCCAGCUGUGGCUUCCUCCAAUUAUCAGGCUCCUAUUCAUAACCAAUACCAGGGGCCACCACCACCAAAUACUGGCCAGCCGCCACCGUCAUUGGCUGCAUAUAACCAGGGAUACAACUAUAAUUACAACUACAACCAAACCUAUGAUUAUAGCUACCAGCAGCCGGCAAGUUAUCGUAGUGACUACACAACUUCUGGAUGGCAAGGAACCCAAGUACCGUACAACAGUCAACAGCCACCACCUCCACCUAAUUUAAAUACACAACCCGAGCCACCAAGAUCCGUGGAACCUGCACCUCCGGGAUUAGCAGCUUCAGUUUUACCAAGACCUGAGGAUGCUAAAAAAGAAGCAGCAAUUGCGGCUGAGGUGAAGCAACAAAAAGCGACAUUGAGCAAACAGCGAGAGGAAUACAUUAAAAAAUCUAGCACACUUCAACGUGAAUUGGAGAUCUUACGUCAACAGUGUGAUGAAAUAAGCAAAGAUGGUGGCAGAGACAACAAUCGGAUUUUGAAGGAGAAUCAAAAGCUCCAGAUUGAGAUUCAGAACAAAAUGAAAUCUAUACACAAUGUGAUAGACAUGCUGACUGGAAUCAUCGGUGAUAAAGCAACAGUGGAUGAUCUGAAGAUGAAAUUUAAGUUGGAAUCCAAUAAAAACUUGAAAAGUCCUAAAGACGAGUUCCCUAAAGGAAAAUCCGAAUCCCCAGACAGAGGCUCUGUAUCAGACUCGGACAAGGAAUCUAAAGUAGACAGAGAUCGAGAGAGAGACAAAAAGUCUCCCGAAGAUACAAAACCAAUGUACAAUUUUGUACAUUAUGAUCCUGAAAUGCAUUGGUGUAAGGUGUGCGACAUCUUUCCAAAAACUGCGAAGGAGUAUUUAAAUCACCUUCAUAGCAAUGAGCACAAAGAGGCUUGCGUGGAACGCAAGAUAGUUGACAUGCCGUGGCAUAAAGCCAACGGCGAGGGAACGGAAAAAGAAGUACCAUAUUAUCCCGGACUUCCAACGAAACGAACACCGAUCAAGGGUCUUCAGUUUUUCAUCUCUGCUACAGCGUGGUAUUGCAAACUCUGUGAUUCAUGGAUCGGUGACCUGCAUUGCGCCAGUCUACACUUGAAGUCAAAGAGGCAUUCAGAGAAUUUUUCUCGUUUUGUGGAACAAAAUCCUCACUGGGAGACAGACUGGAUGGCGGAUCGUGAAAAAGCCUUUUCAGAAGAAAAGCACAAGCAAAUGCAAAUUGAGUUGUUGAAGCAGAAAGAGGACGAGCCUGUAUCCAAGCCAAAGAAAUCUAAAAAGAGCAAAAAGAAAAGUAAGAAAUCGAAAAAACGUCGAAACAAGAGUAGUGGGACUGAUACAUCUUCAGAUUCAGAUGAGUCAUUUUCUGAUUCUGAUCAGGAUAAAUCAAAAAGUAUAAGAGUUGCUAUGAGAAAUAAAAUGAAGGCCGCUACACAAGCGAUAUUGAAUGAGGAAAUUGAUUACCAUGGAAUGAAAUUGAAAGGAUCGUGGGCCCAGGUUGCGCAACAAAUCAAACAGCCAACUCCCGAAGCACAACAAGAAGCAGAUGAUCGUCAGUUAUUAAACUCUAUAAGAGACAAACUGAAAGCCAAGCAGGAGGAAGAAAUUAAAGCAAUAGGUCGUCAAAGCCAAGAAAAACUGACCUAUGAAGAGAUUCACAGUCAAAAUCCUCCUUUCCCCAAGAAACCAGAUGAAGAUUUAGAAGCUUGGGGCCCUAAAGAACCUCCGAAACCGUUUUGGAUAAAAAAAGAAGAAGACAAGCAGCCAGCUACUCCUAACAAAUCACUUGAUGCAGCCAAACCUGAGGAAAUGCCCAAACCACAUAUGGGUUUUUGGACAAAGCAACAAGUUAAUAUGGCUGUUAAACCAACUGAAAAUAAAUUACCUGAAACAAAAGAAGAAGAUAGAGAUCGUGACAGAGACAGAUAUAAAGAUGAGCGUGACCGCAAGUAUGAAAGGCGAGAAGAAAAGUAUGAAAGGUACGACAGAUAUGAAAGAAGCGACAGGAAUGACAGAAAUGACAGAAAUGAUAGAAACGACAGGAAUGACAGAAGACGAGGAAGAGACAGAGAAUAUUACGAUGAUCGCAGAAAACGGGAAAGUGGUUCCCCAAGGCGAGACAGAAACUGGCGAGAUAGUCCUAAGAGAAGUUACGACAGGUAUGAGAAGGAAAGAAGAGAAGACAACUCCUCGAAUGACGAAUCCAAAUUUGAAAAAAAAACAAACGAGCUUGCAUCGAAAUUUAAAAAAGUUGGUCCGCAGCCGAAAAAACCAAUGCCGACAAUAACUAAAGGAAAAUUGCCGUUCAUUGGGAGACUACCCCUCUUUAAAAAGAAAACUGAGGAAUCUAAAGUUACAGACAAGGACAUAGCUCCACUGCCCUAUCAGCAAAGCAAGUUUGAAGACACUCCAAGAGUUCCUAGCGAAAUAAUAAAUCCACCUGGUGUGGUCCACAUUACGAAAUUAGCAACUCCAGUAAAUCUUAAUAACGGAAAUUUGAACCAGUUGAAUAAAUUACAACAGAUGAAGAUACUAGUCGCACCACCCCCGCCGAUGCUGAAAGAAAGUAAAACUCUGACACCUCAAGUUGUUGACAUGGAAAUUGAAAAUCAAUCCGAAGGAGUUAUCAUUGAACAACCAAUUAUUGAACAACAAAAACCAAAUACAAACGUACCCAAACUACCGCCGCCUCCGAGUCAUCCGCCACCACCAAUAAGUCGACCUCCGUUUAUUCCUACUCCCCACGUUUCAACCAGGCCACCGUUUGUUUCUAAUAGACCAGCAUUCCUAUCAACCCAACCACCAUUUGUCACACAUCCUCCAAUACGCAAACCACCAGUACAGAAUAUUCCUCCCUUCAUUCCAAUGCAACCACCACCUCCGGUACAAAGCAAUUCAACAUUUGCUCAAAUUCAUACAAAUCCACCACCUCCUCUACCAUCUGCAGAAACUUCGAUACAUGAUGUGGCAGAUAUACCUGAGCCAGCAGAAAAACGUGCUGACCCAUCUAUACCACUACCAGAAGAUUUGCAGGAAGCCUUGAAUAUCAUUUUCCCAAAAGAAGAAAAAGAUGCUAAACAAACUCAACAACAAGAAAGCGUCAUGUAUGCAACAAUGUACAGUAUGUUGGGAUGCAUUGGAUAUGGACCUGAGUAUAUGGAUCAUCCACCACCAGAAAUAACUCAAGCUGAACCUGAAGGUGAUACACAGCCUGGACCUGACGACUUGAAAAUGUUAGGGAUUGACGAAGGCGAUACUAUAUUUUAAACCGACAAUUUCAUAUGUGCCAGUGAUAGUUACAGGGACUUCAAAUAAAUAUAUAAAGAUACGUAUUUGGGUUGGUAAACAUGGUAAUUCAGUUCAUUUUUUCUCAAGAGCAACAAGCUAAAUAUCAAUUUGAAUCUGAAUUGGAAACGUGUGGAUAACAAUGGUGGUUUACUGUAGUUAGAAUUUUAUAAAUUUGAUGUUAUCAUUGCUUCAGUUCUUUGAUAAUUAUUUCAUUUGCGCGUGUUCAUGAACUUUAGGAUAAGCAUUUCUCAUGUAUAAGAAAAUAUGUCAAGUAGUUACUGGUCAUGUCGACUAUAAUGUAUGUAUAAUAUCGUCGGAAAUUAGGCUCAUCCUCAAUAUUUCUGCUUCAGAAUAAUAGAGAAAAUAAUUUCAAACCACGUACUGGAUAUUUGAGGAAUAAUUUAAAUUGAAGAUGUGGAACAACCUGCAUGAAGAAUUCGAAAAGCUAUAAAACUUCGUUUUGUGAUUUGUAUAAAUUCAACAAUCUCACACAUUAGUUGUGUAAUAUACUUGAGGUUUUAAAUAUUCACAUGUUGAAAUAUGUCAUGAUUAAUUUUCUUCUUUACAAAUUGCAAACACUGAUCACAAUAUUUAAUAGGAUGAUUACAGUUAAAUUAACCAAGCCCAUGGUAUUCAAUGCGACUACAAUAUUAGUUUAUAAUUUCAUUGUUAAUUUCAUAAUUUUUAACUGUCUAAAGCGCAGUAUGGAACAUGAAUAAAGAUAGAUACUCCGAAACAACUAUGGUAUUGUCUUCACUUAAUUCCACUAAAGACUUAAUUUAUAUCACGCCCAUGUUUACUAUUAGCUGUACAGUAUUUGAACAAUUCGCCAAUUAAUAAUGAUUUAAUCCAAUAAAAAUUCAAAAAUAUUCAUCAUGUGUAAACGAAAUUUUAUUUCAGUCUUAGAAUACAUUAUAGUAUGAAAUAAUGAAUUGUUGUAAACGAUAAUAAGUAUAUUAUUACAAGUCGUUUCAUUAUAUUUUAUUCCCAUAAAUCAUAAAAUGUUUACGUGACAAAUUAACUCAUAUAAUAAAGUAUUCCUAAAAGUAUGGCAAAUAUUUGAAUAAUUUCAAUGCCAAGAAUCGAUAUUGAUGUGUAAUAUUUCAAGAUGAACUUUGUGGAAUGUUAGAACAGGAUUAUUCACAUCAAACGUAUACAUUAUCUAAUCAUAUGAAAUUCUAAAAACGUUAAGAUUCAAUUGGCCUUAUAAAUCAGUAUCUACGUUCCAUGAUUUGGAAAUAAUGUACAAAAUCAUUCAAGUAAAUCUAGUUCAAUGGAAUGACUAGCUUGUCAUGAAUCACAUUCUCUUCAAACAUAGUUUCGGAUCUCCUCAUUAUAGUAAAUGAGUUUAUUUGAAUCCUCUAGUAACAAAUGGCAAAUUCAUGCUCAACAUAAUACCAUAAAAAUACGAAAUGUAACAAUGCGGAAUGACAUUAAAAUAUUGUCUAUUGUUUUAAGAAAAAGCGACAAAAAAGCUGAACUUUUUUUGGAACGAUUUGUUUAAUUAGAGCCAUGAAACGGAAUGAAUCAUUGAAAUACGGUGCUUGACUUAUCAAUCAAGUGCAAAUGAAAAGAAUUCCUAUCGUGCACUAAUGGUGCUCCAUGUGGUCCAUAAAUGGUAUGAGGCAUCACGCAAUAAAAAUAUUCAAACAUAACUGCAUAUUUUUCACACCAAAUGAAAAGAUUACGAAAUUUGGGGCACUAGACCAGCACUCGAAAUAUUAUCGCCACCACCAGCAGUUUGGCUGGCCUGAGUGCAGACCAAAACUGGCGCAACGCAGACUUGAACUGAUAUUUGAUCAUUCUCAACUUUUAAAACUUCAUCCCAACACGAAACUGGUUUUUCAAUGUCUAAAGGAAUUCUUAUACCAGCUUCAG